GCCAUCGUGAUGACAACGGCGCGCUAGGCCGAGGCCGGAAGCCAAGACGCAAGUCGUGCAGUAGAUGCCUCGGGACUGGUCGCGCCGGAGCAGAGGCCCGAUUCUCCGAGCGCUUGCGCGGUCUACUUUAGCGGCAUUAGUCGCUGGAAAAUCCGUGGAAUUCUGUCUCAGGCUAUGGAAGCUUGGGAAGGUACAUGCAGCGCGGGCGAUUCAUGGGUGUGUCUACAUGUACCAAGGCAUACAAGAGAGUCGGAAUUCCGCAGGUGUCCCGAGCCUUGAUUCACGCAGAAGAGUCAUCGAAUGCAACUGGCGACCUACUUUGAAGCUUCUACAUAGUAUUCCAUUUUGGCAGCAAAUAAGCUGAACGGGGCUGCAUAGGUAACGGACAUCCAUCAGCCCCUAUGUACUAGGUACCGACGAGAGGUCAUGUAAAGGUGGACACACGAUCAACUACCUAUUCAGAAAUGAAAGUAAUGACCAUAGAUGAAAGUUGUUGGAUAAAUAUUCGAUGUAUAAAUUAGCAUCUAUCCAAUAAUAAG